UUGACCUGCAAGUCUGUCUCUCCAACUGCGCAGGAGGAUGUCUGUCACUUCCCUGAAGCUGCCCUCCAUCAGCCGGCCCGGGCUAAGGGGAACUCCAGCUGACCCGCUGAGCUUGCGGGUGGACAGUGCUACUUUGGGCUCAGGGAGAGCUGCUACGGCACAGCCACACUUUGCAGGCCGGGCACCCUGCUCGCCAGGGUUUUCAGCAGGCAAUGGUGACAGAUCACGAGCUCACACUGCAAUAGGUCGCUUCUCAACGGUGUGUUCACCCAGACAGAUACAUGACACAAAUAAGGUCAGAGCUUUGAUCAGAGAGAAGUUGAACUCCAGGUUUCAAACAGUUCAGCGGAUGUUUCAGUCGAGUGAUCCUAAGGGAGCAGGCACAGUUUCAAAGGAGGCGCUGACAAGGAUUCUUUGGAACUUGUGUGGAUAUUUAAAUACACAACAGGUCAAUGAUUUCCUUGGCAGUUUAGGAAUGGCUGGGCUAUCACGAAUCUCCUUUGCUGACUUUGUCAGCUGUUUCCAGGACGCUGAGGUCAGGAAAACUGAGUGGAUAAAGAAUAUUCAACCGAAGCAAUUGCAAGAGACAGGGACCAAAAUCGCCAACAGUUGUUUUCUGCUGCAAAACUCACGCAAAGUUGAAGAAACCACUGAAAAUCAUCUUGCUUUACUUAAACAGAAAGUACAAGAAAGUGGAUUUUCAAUGAAGUCCCAUUUCGAACCGUCGUGUCUACAGCCUGGGGGAAUCAUUACAGCUGAACAACUAAAGCAAGCUCUUCGCAGCAUGGGGCUUCUAAUAAGCAAUGAGGAGUUCAACCACCUGUGGCUGAGGGUUAGUAAGGAGAGAAAAUUGGAAAUCCCAACUGAACAGCUUUUACAUGACAUUGGAGUAAAUUCCCAACAAACAAUUCAUCAUGAAACGACGAAUCACAGCACAAUCUGUAGAACAGAUCCAAAUGAAGAUUCAGCAAGGUCACCAACGGCUAAAAAUAAACACAACGCAUCAACUGGUGUAGCUGAUCCCAGUGAAGACAUUAUUAAGAUAUUUAAAGAUAAGCUGGAGGAAGCCUGUGUAUCCAUCCUCCAUGAGUUUGCCAAGUAUGACAAAGAAACCAAUGGUUUGAUCAGCAAGACUGCAUUUCGACAUGCGCUGGUAGACCUGAAAAUUUCAAUGUUUGUCAUGGAUUUGGAGCAUCUGUUAGCAAGAUUGAAUUUAAGACGGAAGGAUGGGUAUGUGGAUUAUGCAGCAUUUGUGGGAAAAUUGCAAAGCAGAUCGAAUCUGAGCCUGUUCCAGAAGAUGAUGCCAAGGUUAAGUCCCAGCGACGAAGGAGAUUUGAGGGCUGCUAGGGGCAGUCUGACUGCCUCAGAGGCUACGGUUAGUUUGUUGAACCAGUGUCACAGGCUCUACCUUCAGCUCUUGGCAGCAUUCAGAAAAGCCGAGGUUUGCACACAAGAGACAGUUAAUAUUCAAGCAUUUAAGGAAAUCAUUGAGAAGAAUUUUCAGAUCCAGCUCUCAGCAAAUCAACUUAAUAGCAUAGCGGUGAAAAUCGGUGACACAGAAAACAAGCUGGUAUCCUAUUCAAAGUUCCUCAGCCUAUUUCAAAACCGACCCAGUACAGGGGAGCUGAAGCAGGAAGUAAGCCAAUGUUCCCUUCUCUUGAAUGAUAAGAACUUCCGUAUAGAUAGAAUCCGUUACUUGGACAGAUUCGGGAGUGACUGGGCAAGAUACAGCAAUGCACAGAAGCCACGGUCUCUUCCAGAGCUGCGAGCAUUAAUCUGGAGCCUCCUGGAAAGAAAAUUCCGCUCCUUUUGUCAGACUUUCAUAAGUGUCUGCAUCAAUGAUGAGUGUGGAGCAGAUAAGGAGAAGCUGGAUAACAUACUGCUGAGAAUGAAAAUAAUCCUUCUCCCCAUGGAACUUGAAAAGCUGUGGUAUAGUUUGCCAAUCAGUUACCCAGCAGAAGCUAUAUCAUUGAGAAAAUUCCUUCGGUAUUUCAGCAGAAUGAAAAAGAUGAAGGACACAGAAAAGGAUUUGCAGAAAAACCCAGUUGCCCACAUCCAGAAGAAACUGCGGCGUGACAUCGUCAAACAUUGGAAUGACCUGAAGUCAGUCCUUAAGGCACAAGAUCCACAUGGUACAGGGAAAGUGCCUUUCAGAGACAUUCAGGCACUGUCUAUGAGUCUAAAGUGGAAUCUGCUGCCUGCUGAGGUUGAUAAAUUGCUGGCAGCUUACGAUUUAGAUAAGAAUGCAGAGUUCCAUUACAUUCCAUUUAUGAAAUCCUACACAAAAAAGGAGAAAGAUAAAUAGUUAGUAAUGCCUAUUUAUCAACUUUACAUUUCAUUGAUCUUUUCCAAAGACCUCAUGAUCUCACCUCUAUCCAUCUCUGAAGUCAGCUCCAACUCCACACCCCUCUGCAGUCUCUGAGUCCCUCCAUUUUAGCACAUCUCUAAUUUCAGUGGCUCCACAAUCAAUGUUCACACUUUCAGUUCCCGAGACUCUGAGCUCUGGAAAUCCCUCACUAAAAUUCUCAACGUCUCACUGCUUUUGAAGAUUUUCUUUAGACCCUGUCUCUGAGGUUUGUCUUAAUAUCUCCUCCCUGUGGUUCAAAUCUUGACUAAUGUGGCUUCUGUGAAGUCUUUGGAUCUACCCACGGAGUCAUGGCUGACAUGAACUAAAAUAAUGAAGAGUAAAACCUGGAUCCCAAAAAUAUGCAACGCUAUUUUUUUAAAAAAAUUAUGCUUACAGCAGUGGUCUAUCAAACCUGACUCGCAGCUUACAUACUGUGUUAACUGUUCAAAAAUCAAUGUGUCAAGCGUAGAUGUGUAUGUUCUUGUAAAGUCAAAGCCUUCAUUUUUCAAUGCAGUAAUUGUUUGACUAGUUUGUGUUUUUCAAAACUAUGGUAUCUAGAGAGCAGUUCCUAGCCCUGCAUGUACACUUUUAUACCCCAUUCCCCCAUACUUCCUACCCCGUAUGCCACCUCCCCAACCCCAAUGCCCCCUGCUCCAUACUCCAUUUCACAUCCCUUUCCCCCAGUAGCCUUAUACCCCAUGUUUGGCACUCUGUUUACCCUAUCUAAUCUAAGUUAAUCUAAUACCCCCUUAACCUACUUCACUAUACUUCCCUCUUAUCCCAAUAUCCAAUUACCUCAAUACUCCCAUAACCCUCUCACUCCUUACCUCAUUUCCCCUAAAGGAGGGUCCCGACUCGAAGCAUCAACUUUCCUGCUCUUCUGAUGCUGCCUGGCCUGCUGUGCUCCUCCAGUUCCACACUGUGUUGUCUCUGACUCCAGCAUCCGCAGUUCUUGCUAUCUCUGAAUGUUCCUUUGACAGUGAAUGCUCCUUUGACAGUGCAUUCCAAACCUGCAAUGUCUAGAAGUAGAAGGCCAGCACUGACCACCAUCCUCUAGUCUGAAAAGUAAGCGCUCCCGCUGUCCUGAAGCCAAGUUUUUUUUUGCUAAAUCCAAGCAGACACUGUUCCAACAGCCUCAACUUAACUAACAGGCUUUUCAAAACACAGAUUUCAACCACCUUGAAGGACAGGAGCAGAAGAGCACCAUCUGCAAGAUCCCCUCCAAGCCACACUCUAUCCUGCCUUGUCACACUAUCAUUGUUCCUUCACUAUCUGUGUCAAAAACAUGCAACUCCCUCCCUGAUGCAUGUCGGUGUCUCUCUCUGCCACGUAGACUGAAGUGAUUGAAAAAGGCAGCUCACUACCACCUUCUCAAGGCAACUAGGAAUGGGCAAUUAUUUUUGGCUAUUGCAAGUAUACGCACAAGCACUGAACAUACUUUUUUUUUAAAUGACCUUCUUGCAAGUGGAACCAAUUGACUCAAGAGAAAAUAUAAAGUUGCCGAAACUAAGACAGGCAGUUUUCCAUCUGCAUAAGCAGAUCUGUAGGUCACCAGAAACAACACCAUUCCGUUCACAGAUCCACAAAAAUAUUUAACUCUGGAAUGUGUGUUUAUCUUCACUGAGUAUUAUCUCAGAGGUUUCUGGAUGAUUAUGACUUUUUGCUUUAGAGAUGUGCAAAGUAUCAGACAAUAAGGCAUCAGGUGUCAACCCCUUUCUCCCUUCUCACAUCUCUUCCCCCUUCUCUUCUCUCGUGCCCUCAAUGCCUCUUUUCCCCUGCCUCCUCCUUUUCUUCCAUUCUAUUUCCUCCUUCUCAGAUGCUUUCUCCCACUCCUGUCUGCUCCCCAUUCUCUCCUACCUAGGAGACAAACCACUGACAAUUUGCUACUCGAGGUUCAGUCCUACCAACUUGGCGUGUUUGGGUUGUUACUUUGUUGCUGUAUUACUCACUGCACAGGAAACUAUUAAAAUGAGCAGAGGUAGAUGCCCAUUAAUAAAUAUUUGGAUUGAAACAUAAUUUGUGCCCUGAAUACUGUGUCGUGCUAGUGUCUUCUAGAACACAAAGGAUUCAACACGCUUGUGUGUUAGAUAUUACUGGGCGUAGAAUGCUAUUAAAGAAGAGACUCUAAACAUCAAGGAAAGAAUUCAAUAAAUAUUUGAAAAGCAAGAAUAUGAAAAGUUCUAGGCAAAUGGGAAUGUUACAAAUGUUAAAGUACAUAUAUGCCAUUGAAGGGCUCGUAUUGAUACACGAUGA